AUGAGCUUGACAUGAUAAUGCGAGGCGGUUCACCAGAUCAAACAACGCUGGAACAAAGACAAUUUACUGAUGAUGACAACGAUAAAAUUGUCGAGUACUUGAUGGAAGACUCCAGCAAAUCUGAAAAGCAUGGUCCACAUCAACAGAACACUGAAUUGAACCUACCACACGAUGUUGCAAUUCAAUUGGUCAGUAUACGAACAAAUGUGAUAGCUGCAUUGUCUGUCAUUCAGCAGCAAGGCGAGGCAUUCGUGAACUUAAUAGAUGUCCACUUGAAUCAAACGAAAAUUGUACGCGAAAACAAAAUGUGUGGCAAGGAACGCGUAUGCAUUAAGAAAAAUCUGUGCAAAUCGGAGCCCGUCGACGGCAACGGCCAUGUUACGUACAGGUUCCGAAAUUUUGGUACCGAGCCUUGCAGUUAUUUGCAAACUUGCUGUCAUAUCAGCGAUACGAUAGAAGAAGUACCUGAUGCUAGUGAUUUGAAUCAACCAUCAAUCUGCGGCAAACGAAAUGUGAAUGGCUUAAAGGGCACCUUGGAUGCUACACCAAAUAUGGAAGCGGAGUUUGGUGAAUUUCCAUGGAUGGUUGCAAUUAUGCGGAAUACAAAACCAAUUGGUGGUGGUUCAAUUAUAGCCCCUAAUGUUGUGGUAACAGCGGCAAAUAAGGUCCAAAAUCUCACGCUCAAGGAAAUGAAAGUUAGAGCGGGCGAUUGGGAUUUGGAAUCGAGCGAAGAGCCUAUGCCUCAUUUAGAUCGCAAUGUCAUCAAGCUGAUUUUACAUGAAAGGUUCUCUCGCACAGAGAUAAGCAAUGAUAUUGCUCUUCUUAUUCUCGAUAAACCCUUCAGCACGCAGCCAAACAUUGCACCCAUCUGUUUACCGACUCACAAUGAGAACUUUGACUUUCAAGAUUGCGUUGUCACGGGUUGGGGUAAGAAAGAUCAAGAUAACGCCGUUUUUCCAAAUGUUCUCAAAGAGAUACCGCUUCCUGUGUUGCCGAAUUCGCAAUGCAACGAUUUACUGCCUAAGGCAUCUAGCGAUCGCGAGUUCCGACUGCACUCAAGCUCAAUAUGUGCGGGCGGUGAGAAGGGCGUGGAUGCCUGUUUCGGCGACGGCGGAGCUCCACUUGCUUGUCCCAUAAAAGGCAGCCCCAAUCGCUAUAAACUUGCCGGCAUUGUCGCCUGGGGCUUUGGCUGCGGUCGGAAGAAUGUUCCGGGGGUAUAUACAAAUGUUGCCGCUUUUACUCCGUGGAUUAGCGAUAAACUCAGAAGACUCAACAUUGAGAGCAAAUACUAUACCGCUUAAACACCAAUUAUUACAAUAGUGAAACGUUAUCGUAAUGUAGUAAUCAAUGCUUGGAAACUAAUAAAGAGCUUCAUUUAUGCA